CGUCUGCCUCCCAGAAACAAUACUCCCACUCAAACUCUCCCCUUCGCCCACAUACGGCGGCGGAGCACCCACCGCCGUCCUCCGCCGGAACCUGCGGCUGCCCGACCUCCAACCUGCCGCCAGCACACCCACUGGCACCCGGGCGGGCCUAUAUCUGCGAUCCAUCCAGACUUUAGCCGGUUUCUCCCUCCGUUGGAUCAAGUGGAUUGACAGCGAGGGUUCCCAAAAAAGCCAACAUGCUGUUCUUCUCCUACUUCAAGGAGCUCGUCGGGAAGGAAGUGACAGUGGAGCUCAAGAACGACCUGGCCAUCCGUGGCACGCUCCACUCGGUCGAUCAGUACCUCAACAUCAAGCUCGAGAACACUCGGGUCGUCGACCAGGAGAAGUACCCCCACAUGCUAUCGGUGCGGAACUGCUUCAUCAGAGGAUCUGUGGUGCGGUACGUGCUCCUUCCACAGGACGGGGUUGACAUCGACAUCCUCCAUGAUGCCACCAGGAGGGAGGCACGGGGCGGCUGAUCAAGAUUUUAUAUUUCUGUCGAGAGAGAAUUCUAAUCUGAUGUGUGGAACUGGAACAUGUAUACAUUAACAUGGCUUAACUUCCCUCCUGGUACACUUGCAGUGCAGACUAUCGAAAAGGUUUCUUGUCA